GUUAGAUGGUUGACUUUUCAUGCAAUUCUCAUAAAUAAUUCAUAAUUUUACUCAAGUUCUUGCAUUUACAAGUCAUACACAAAUUUUAUAUACAUUCUAGUUGUGAAGUUCAGAAAUUUGCCCUUUGGAUAUAACGACGAGUGGUAUUCCUUGCUUAUAGGUGGUGAUUAACAGACUUUUCAAAAUGACCGAAAUUCUAAAAAGACCACGAUACGCGAAAAUGAAUAGUCUACUUUAUCCGGAAAUGUUUUCUCCAAAUUGUUUCAAAGAAGCCCUAUUGUAUAAACCAAAGUUUGGAGACUUGUUCAUAAGUACAUAUCCCAAAUGUGGUACCACCUGGAUUCAGAACAUUAUCUUGCAUAUUUUUCGGAAAGGGCAAAAGCUUAGUAAUCCAUCAGAAUUUCUCAGAUUAGCACCUUACAUAGAUAUGCAAGGACAAGAAGGUAUUGACAAGAUGCCAAGACCCGGAGCCUUCAAAACUCACAUACCUUUUUCUCGGAUGCCUUAUUCUAAAGAUGCUAAAUAUAUUUUUGUGGCCAGAAAUCCUAAAGACUGUUGCGUGUCUUCCUAUUACCACACUAGAAAUCAGCCAGGCUUUGAAUACUGGGACAGCGAUUUCAAUGAUUUUUUCGAGCUGUUCAUAGCCGGUGAAGUCCAAUACAAUGAUUACUUCGACCACUUGUUAGAUUGGUAUCCUCAUCGUAAUGACCCGAAUGUAUUUUAUACAACGUACGAACACAUGAAGAUGGAUAUACAAAGUGUCAUCAUAAGACUUUCAAGAUUCCUUGGUAAAGAAUAUAUCGAUGCAAUCGAGAAAGACAAUAAUGUUCUGAACAAUAUAAAAUUUUAUACUAAUUUCAAUUAUAUGAAAGAAAAUUUAUCAAACAUAUAUUUAAUAAAAAAAGGCAGUGACUUAGAAAAUAUGUAUGAAGGUCUGAGAUACAGAAGUGAUUUUGUUGCGUCACUGAAUACUACUCAAAAUCUCCCAGGAUUGCAAUUCAUGCGGAAAGGCAUUGUUGGAGAUUGGAAGAAUCACUUUUCUUCCAAGCAAACCAAGAGAAUGAAUAGAAAAAUCUUACUUCAUCUGAAAGACACUGAAUUUUUACAAUGGAAUCAAGAUGAAUAAAUUUUAAUCAGUUCAAAAGAUCUCGCAUAUCAAAAAGACUAAAAUCAUUGUAUUUGCAAAAUUUUUUAUAACAUAUCUUAAUGAGAAUUGUAAUGUCAGCGAUAUGCAGCUAAAAUUGAGAAUCUGAAAAUUGCAUCGGUUAAAAAAUUUUUGUAAC